CGCGAAAGAUGGCAGGUCGUGGUCGCGGCGUGAGGAGACGGACAGGGACUCCGCUCCCGCCCCGCGUUCAGCAACCGGCUGCGCCGCGCCGGGACCUCCUCGCCAAGGAGGAAGAAUAUAAGCGUUUAAAUGCAGAAUUGGAGGCAAAAACAGCUGAUCUCGUUCGACAAGCUGAGGAAGCAAUAAGAGAUCAGCAAGAAGUACGAUCUCAGCCUAUUUCAGCACAAAUUAAAUCAUAUGAAGAUGAUGAUUACAGUUUAAGAGGUCUAUUAUCUGAAGGGGCAGUUCAUCUAUAUUCAGAAACUCAGCCAAAGAGCAAAAAUGUUGAUCCAGUAAACAAGGUUAAAAAAAAACUACACUCUGCAAAUAAAGGAAAGAAAACAAAUUCAAGUAUAAAGUUGAAAUACUCUGAUGUACCAACUGCCAAUGAUGUUGCCAUUCCAGAGGAUUUCUCAGACUUUUCUCUUGCUAAAACAGUUAGCAAAAUUGAAGGGCAACUGGAAGAAGAAGGCCUACCUGAUUAUAUAGAUGAUGAUAUUUUUUGUGGUGCUAGUAAAGACAUUGGAACAGAAGCACAGAUCAGAUUUCUGAAGGCCAAACUCCGUGUUAUGCAGCAGGAAUUGGAUAAUGUUGUAUGUGAAUGCAAUAGAAAGGAGGAUGAAAUUCAGGAUUUAAAGUCUCAAGUAAAAAAUUUUGAGGAAGAUUGUGUAAGACAGCAGCGAACAAUUAAUUUGCAACAGUCUCAAACAGAAAAAUAUAAAACUCUUUUCGAAGAAGCAAACAAAAAAUGUGAUGGAUUACAGCAACAGCUGUCUUCAGUAGAAAGGGAAUUAGAAAAUAAAAAAAGACUACAAAAACAAGCUGCCACUACGCAAAGUGCCACGGAGGUUCGCUUGAAUAGAGCUCUAGAAGAAGCAGAAAAAUAUAAAUCGGAGCUAAGUAAAUUAAGACAGAAUAGCAAGGAUAUAGCAAGUGAAGAACACAAAAAAAUUGAAGCAUUAAAAUCAGAAAACAAGAAGCUAGAAAAACAAAAAGGAGAAUUAAUGAUAGGGUUCAAGAAACAAUUAAAAUUAAUUGAUGUUUUAAAAAGGCAGAAGAUGCAUAUUGAAGCUGCCAAGAUGCUGUCUUUCACUGAAGAGGAAUUUAUGAAGGCACUUGACUGGGGAAAUUCUUAAGUGGGGUAUUUUAGUGUCUAUAACUAAGUGUGUGAUGGUUAUACAUUUUAUUU